AUGAAGGACAUUAUAGAAGGGAUGGAUUCAGUACAAGAGCAAUUGGCUCAACUUCUUCUCCUCGUUCCGCCCGAUGUGUACCGAGAAUGUGAAGAUUAUAGAUUCAAAAUACCCACGAAAGCAAUUCUCGAGGGUAGAUAUUUCAAGUUGAUCGAAAGUAGCGACUUUAAGGAAAUUUCGGCUCUACCUCAACUUCAAACGGUACUUUCUCAGUACCCAGCGAAAAGUCUUGGUGAAGUUCUUCAGGAAUAUGUUAACCUUUUAGUAGAAUCUAGUAUCAAACUUACAGGAGAGAAAUACUGGUUCAGCCUUCAAUGCUAUGCAAUUGCAUUUUUGCAGCUAUUUGUACAAGUGAACUUUACGGGUCCACCAAUGAGUAGAAUUGCAACUGAAGCUUUAUGGUUUCCACAUGUGGAUGAAGAGCAAAUACAACGGGAUGCAGUUCAAGCUCUUGGAUUUGCGGGACUGCAAGGCUACGACUUAAUGCAGGACCCAAUUCAUCUAAUCAUAGCUGAGUUGAUAUUGGAGAGGUUAUCUGAUACGCCUAUGGAGUUGUCGAUAUUUAGCAAAUCAGUAGUGGAAAAGAGUGAGGAUAUAUUGAGUUGUGUUGGCGCUUUUUCUCAACAAAGCGAGAUGGAUAUGAGCAAAGCUUCGCUUUGUUGGUGGAGAGCCCGUGCUUAUCAGGUUCAUGCUUCUGUAUUGUCUGAUCCUGCUAGUAUCAUACUGUCCAUAUGUUCGAUUUUGCUAAACAACCAGGUUAUUAACAAAAUUGCUACAGGUCAACAGAGUGAAAUUGAAAAAUUGCUUCGAAUCCAGUUUUCCUUGGAACAGUCGAGAGUUCACAUACAGGCUCAAACGGAACAUCGGGCAAUUGACCCAUUAGUCGAGGCAUUAAAGAUUUCUGGUUUGGAAUUGUUGCUUUCCGGGGCAAAAGCAAAAAGAACAAAGUUUCAAAAGUUUUACACGUCAGGAUUAAUUGUACUUGCUAAGAGCUCGCAAAAAACAGUUUACGACGAAGACGACGAUAGCAACACCAAUAACUCAAGUAUAUUCGAGCCCGAGACUUUCCAAAUGUAUUCGGAUAUACUUUUGGAGAAACCUGAAUAUGAAGGCUUGGAUGAUCUCAACAUGGAAAUUGAAAAUGAAAGCAAAAAGAUCAAAAUAGAUUAUGAUAUGUUGAAAAUAAAUUUGGAGGAGAAUAAGUUACUUCCUAUUGCAAUGACGCAAAAGGAUAUCCCUAUAAACUUGAAGGAAUUAGAUCCAAAUAAUCAACCGGCACUAAAUAAUAUCGAUGUUUUGCAGUUGUUGUUGAGAUUAAUUGUUAUCAAACAAACUGCGCCAAUGAAUGAUCCUUUAGUUAACGAGGAGUUGUCAGCGUUGGUGGAAAGAAUAUUGUAUGCCCAGCCCGGCCACUUGAACUGGCUUUUAUACUCACGAGCUCUUUGGGAACGAUCGUUACUUGAAACAGGAAGGUCAAAGACGGUAGAAAGAGGAAUAUUACAAAUGACGUCUUUAGUUGAAGAGAUGGGUCUUAAGAUCAAGUCACGACUUAUUCCUCAAGAAGAAGAAGCCGCCGAUUCCAACCAGCAAGCUUCAUUGAGGUUGAGGUUUAUACACCAGUUACCAUUAUUACCUCAAUGGUCAAUGGAUGUCAAGCUCGCAGAAAAAUACAUGUCAUUGGGAGUUGUUAAAUCGGCACUUGAGAUUUAUGAACGACUAGGACUACAUUGCGAAGCGGCAUUAUGUUACGCUGCAACAGAUCGUGAACAUGAAGCAGAAAAAAUAUUAGUCAAUCGUAUCAAGCUGAAUCCAAACGACGCUAGAGCAAUUUCAAUCCUAGGCGAUAUAAAACAAGACCCAGCGUUAUGGGAAAAAGCAUGGGAGAUUUCGCGGUACUCCAAGGCCAAGGCUUCGUUAUCCCACUACUACUACUCUCCUCCCGCUGGGUCUGGGCGAAGCAAAAACCUAGAACUUGCAAUUUCAAACAUGUUUGAAUGCUUAUCUUCAAAUCCAUUGAGCUAUGAGAAUUGGUUUUUUUAUGGUUGUUGCGGAUUGGAGAGUGGACAAUUUGAGUUGGCGUCUGAAGCAUUUACAAGGUGUGUCUCCCUUGAUGACAGUAAUUCUUACGCAUGGUCCAACUUGGCUAGUGCCUUGAUAAAGCUAAACAGAACAAAACCUGCAUUCAAUGCGUUGAAAAAGGCCAUUCGUUGUGGCGGUGACAAAAAGUCAUGGAGAAUUUAUGAAAAUUUCAUGAAUGUUGCUGUUCAACUAAACGAGUGGAAUGAUGUGCUAUUUGCUUGUCGAGAGUUAUUGAAUAUCAAAAAGAACGAAGGAAAUGCCGCUAUUGAUGUGCCAGUUUUAGAGAAACUAUCUGAAAUUCUCGUAUCUACAGAGUACCCAACGGAGUCUAGAUUAUCCCAUUUCCAAAAAUCGUGUAUUGAUCUUAUUUGUAAUAUUUUGCCUGGAAUGAUUACUUCAUCUGCAAGAUGUUGGAAAAUUGUUGCUCGUGUUGAGUUGUGGAGAAAAAAACCGUGGGCAUCGUUGGAGUGUCAUGAAAAAGCAUACAGGGCAAUGGUGCACAAUACAGAACUAGACUCCAAUGAAGAGAUUUGGAAUGAAGUCGUUGAAGCAUGUGUUGAUUUAGUGAGCGCAUUUGAGUCUCUUGGAGAACUUCCUGGUAACUUCAAGGAAUAUGCUAAUGUAAAGCAUAUGGAAUUAUUAAAGUGCAAAGUUUCAAAAGACUCACACCAAAAAACCACAAGAACGAUAUUUUCCAACAUGCCAAGGAAGAAUUUGGCGAUAUCUGCAAAAUUGACGAUUCUUGUUUCAACAGUUUCUAGUAUCCCAACAAAAGAGUGUGUAGUCAAGAGUGCUAAUUUGUAG